GUGGACGUGAGUUCACAAAAUUUCGUCCCAUCUAAAUAGGUCGGACAAACAUCAGCGAACAGAAAAUCUGCCCACUCGGGCUUCAUUUCUAUCCUCGCAAGACUCUCCCUCUUCGCCGCUCGCAAGAGUCUCAUCUCCACGCCUCUAUUGUGCCUUCCUCUCCCUUAGGCGUCGUCUGCUGUGACCCAGUUUCUCCCCGCCGGCACCGUGCAGGUCAUCGAAGCCGGAACCAUCUGCAAGAAGUGAUGAACGGAGAAGGACAAGAAGAAGUAGGAGGAAAGAGCCCUAGCCCUUACAACCCCUCUGUCAUACGCCUUUGGAGACCAGCUGCCCAAAGAAACCUUAGGAACCAAUGGUCAAGGAUCGUGGCCGGCCAGCAGAAGUGGGUCUCGGCUUCCGCUGAUGGCCGAUCGCAUGCCUCCUCCCUCGUCAAUCUCUAUCUCUCUAGAAAGUAUAUGCCUGCUAUGGACCUUGGUGUUUUGGGUGAAAUGACAAAGAUCAAGGAUAAAGCAUGUGCAAAGUUAGCUCGACAAGAGGAGCUUUGUUGGAUCAAGCUUUCAGCAUCUUAUAGGAAUAUGGUGGCAGCUAUUUCUCUGAUGCUAGAUGCUUCCAGAUCUAUGAGAUGCUUUUUAAAAGGGCCUGCUGGUACCCCAAUUGUGCAAUUUAGUUUUCAACAAGAGCAUGGACAUGAUACUGGCGAUGGUGAUGGCAUCCCAGUUUUCUCGUUUCUAGCCAUUUCAUUCCUUGAAGCUUUGGCUCAAGAGAUUGUUCAAAUGUUCAGGUCGGAGCUGUUUUUGAAGCGGCUCCUUUUGGUUGAAUUUUGUUCCAUCUCUUUCCAAGCUGCAAAUGCAACAAGAGAUGAUAAGUGGUCUAAAGAAAUUUAUGAAGGGGAAUUUGAUGAUUUGAAUAAAAUUGGCCUUUUCUCUGGUGAAAGUUGUGUUCCUGCUCCUCCAAGUACGGACAAAUGGAAAUUGGACAAACUUAUGGCGGAAAAGUCUGAUACAGAUCCCAAAAGAGAAGUUCUACAGGUAUACUUGACCGCAUGGCUUGCUGAGGUUAAUAUCAGUUCUUGUCGGAUUGAUGAGAUCAUCUCAAUGGUUGAGGAGGAAAUGAAGGUGAGGCUUGCGUGACUAUUUUCAGAGUGAACGGUCACGGUACGAAAGGAAAGGACCUGUGUUAUCAUGUUGAUGUCAAAAAAAAAAGGAAGCCAGGAAUCGUGCGCCUUCUCUGUUGCUAAUUUUUCACAAGUGAAAGCAGGCAUCCCAGUUCUGAAUUGUCAAUUGCAAUGAGAUCAGGCGAUCAAGUGGCCAUGCAAAAGGUUGAGCAGCCCUUUUCCAAGCAACUGCAAUUUACAGUGUCAGCAGAUGAGGUCUGCAGUUCUGCAGUGACCUGAGGAAGAAGAUUUAGACCAAAUUUAUAGGCGGCCAUUACAUAGAUCCUGAGAUGCAUUUUGAGUCUCAUCAUAAAGCAUGGCCGAACUAAUUUAUUUCCCAGCAGUUUGCGUCUUUUAAGUACUAUUAUUUUUAUGAUACAGUUGCUUGGAAAGGCAUCAUUGGGAAAUAUGCCAAUGGCAACUAAAAGUGAGUCGUCAAAUAUGCACCCAUGGCCAAUAGUUGGCAUAGUAAUUGGGUGCACCUCCCCAGCAUAAGGAUCAAUUCGGACACCUUAUUUGUUCCACCUUAUUCGUUUCAAUUGUUCAGUUCGUUGGCAUAUUGAAUGUGCCAUUGUGCCUCGCAAUGUGGCGCCAAUGUUCUUCAUCCUAUUAUGUUGCUUGGGCACUUUGGAAGUCAACUCUCAUGUCAGUUGGAAAAUUAAUAGGCCAUUAUUCUGCAUCUCGACCUUCUUUAUGCAUAAUAGCCAUGUAUAUCUGCAAGCUAGUGUUGCAGCCUCAAUGACCUCCUAUUUUUAUUCAUUUUCCCUUUUGUUGUUUUGUCUUCACUAAACUUAGGCCAAUAAAAAAAUAUAUUUACUUCA